AAUUGGUAAAUUCCAAUUAAUGAAGAAAAUUUCCACGUUUUCAUGUGAAAAAGGCAUCAGCUUUUGGCGUGAACAGUAUCUUCAACGUACCUUCCAUUUCACUCUUUCCCCGUUCCCAAAAUUCUCAAUAUGGCAGUUACCAGUCUUUCACUGCCAUAAAAUCUAUACGUACACAUAUGCGUUUUUUAUCAUAACCUUUACCUCAUAUCGACGCACUAAACCUUCGUCUUUCUUUCUCGCUCUGUAUUUGUCGGUGUCAGAUCUGAAAAAGGGCCGAUAAAAGCGACCCGAACAGCGCCAGUUGAGGGGCGGGUUCUGGGUUUGGAUGGAAAAUGGAAUUCAUAGACAAUUUUCCCAGCAUGGAUCUGAUGCGCUCCGAGAAGAUGAUGUUUGCGCAGUUAAUAAUGCCCGUCGAGUCGGCUCAUCUCGCGGUCUCGUAUCUCGGCCAGCUUGGUCUCCUCCAAUUUAGAGAUUUAAAUGAUGAUAAAAGUCCGUUCCAGAGAACUUUCGUUAACCAGGUAAAAAGAUGUGCUGAGAUGUCCAGAAAACUACGUUUCUUCAAAGAUCAGAUACAUAAAGCUGGUCUAAUUGCACCCCCCAAUCCGGGUACCCAGCCUGAUACUGAAUUAGGAGAGCUGGAGGUCCGAUUCGCUGAGCAUGAACAUGAGCUGACUGAAAUGAACAGUAACAGUGAGAAACUGCAGCAAACAUAUAAUGAGCUGCUUGAGUUCAAGAUGGUUCUGCAGAAGGCAGGUGACUUCCUUGUGCCUGGUGGGAAUCAUUCUACAACUCAAGAGACAGAAUUAGCUGAAAAUGUCCAUACGGACAACGAUUAUGCUGAUGUCGCAUCGCUGCUUGAGCAGGAGAUGCAACCCGGAUCAUCAAACCAAUCUGGUGUUAAAUUUAUAAGUGGAAUCAUUUGUAAGUCUAAAGUUCUAAGAUUUGAGAGGAUGUUAUUUCGUACAACAAGGGGCAAUAUGCUUUUCAAUCAGGCGCCAGCAGAUGAUCAAAUUGUGGAUCCUUCAUCAAAUGAAAUGAUUGAGAAAACCAUUUUCUUGGUUUUCUUCUCUGGCGAGCAGGCAAGAAAAAAGGUCCUGAAAAUUUGUGAAGCAUUUGGCGCAAGCUGCUAUCCAGUUCCCGAGGACACGACCAAGAGGAGGCAAAUAACUAGAGAAGUGAGAAGGGAAAAGGCUAUUUAUGACACAUUAAACAUGCUGAAUUUUGACGUGACAAAGAAGUGUCUGGUUGGUGAGGGUUGGUGUCCUGUAUUUGCAAAGCCAAUGAUUCAAGAAGCUUUGCAACGUGCAACUUUCGAUAGUAAUUCUCAAGUGGGUAUUAUAUUUCAUGUGAUGGAUUCAGUGGAAUUGCCUCCAACAUACUUCAGAACCAACCAUUUCACCAAUGCAUAUCAAGAAAUUGUUGAUGCCUAUGGUGUCGCUAAAUAUCAGGAGGCAAAUCCUGCAGUUUAUACUGUCGUUACAUUUCCAUUUCUUUUUGCUGUGAUGUUUGGGGAUUGGGGUCAUGGCAUAUGCUUACUCUUGGGAGCUUUAUUCCUUAUAGCCCGUGAGAGAAGACUUGGUUCUCAGAAACUUGGCAGCUUUAUGGAGAUGCUAUUUGGUGGCCGAUAUGUCCUUCUUUUGAUGUCCCUGUUCUCAAUUUACUGUGGAUUGAUAUACAAUGAAUUCUUUUCUGUUCCUUUUCACAUAUUCGGUAGCUCUGCCUACAAGUGCCGGGAUGCUACAUGCAGUGACGCUCAUACAGUUGGUUUAGUCAAAGAUAGAGAUACAUAUGCAUUUGGUGUUGAUCCAAGUUGGCGUGGAAGCCGUUCUGAGCUGCCUUUCUUGAACUCUCUCAAGAUGAAGAUGUCUAUUUUGUUUGGUGUAGCACAGAUGAAUUUAGGAAUUAUACUAAGUUAUUUCAAUGCUCGCUACUUCAGCAACUCACUUGAUAUUAGGUAUCAGUUUGUACCACAAAUGAUCUUCCUGAACAGCCUGUUCGGAUAUCUUUCUCUUCUCAUUAUCAUUAAAUGGUGCACUGGUUCUCAGGCAGACCUCUACCAUGUGAUGAUUUACAUGUUCCUAAGUCCUUUUGAAGACUUGGGUGAAAACAAGCUGUUCUGGGGUCAGGGUGUUAUAUUGUUGCUCUUUGCUGUUAUUGCUGUCCCAUGGAUGCUCUUUCCGAAACCUUUUAUUUUAAAGAGAUUUCACACUGAGAGAUUUCAAGGACGGAAAUAUGGAAUUCUUGGAACCUCGGAUAUGUAUAAUGAUGAGGAGCCAGAUUCUGCAAGACAAUCGCAUCAUGAGGAAUUCAACUUUAGUGAAGUUUUCGUGCAUCAGAUGAUACAUUCUAUUGAGUUUGUAUUAGGUGCAGUUUCUAACACUGCAUCAUAUCUCCGUCUGUGGGCUUUGAGUUUGGCUCACUCGGAACUGUCCACUGUUUUCUAUGAAAAGGUUCUCCUUCUAGCCUGGGGGUACGACAAUAUUAUCAUACGUCUAGUUGGUCUGGGAGUUUUUGCUUUUGCAACAGCAUUUAUUCUACUUAUGAUGGAGACUCUGAGUGCUUUCCUCCAUGCUCUUCGUCUUCAUUGGGUGGAAUUUCAGAACAAGUUUUACAGUGGGGAUGGAUACAAGUUCAGGCCCUUCUCCUUGGCUGCAUUGGCCGAUGAUGAUGACUAAUAUCUUUUUUUUUUUUUCCUUUUCUUUUGGAUAAUUUAUGGACGUACUGCAGACGAAGAAAGAUUUUGCGGGUGAGAUGGAUCUCAUUAUGGAAGGACCAAAGUCUUUCGCUUUUGAUCUUUAACAUGAUUCCAGUGACAGGAAAAUAUUGUAACUAUUUUUCUCCUAAAAACCUUUUAUACUCUUCAGUACAGGGUUUAGGACUGAGUUUAAAGGGAGAUAUAUAACAGUAGCAUUGAUAUUUUCUUCAGUUUCUCUGGGAACAAAUUUUUGACUUUCAUACAGCAAUUGCAAAUGUAUUAACUUUAGGUUAUCAUCUCAGUAACAUUUUUUUUUUUUUUAUUUGGUAUGGUUGAUAAGCAUCUCUAAUGCUAUGGUUUUGAAAGAUAAUGAUUUUUAACACAUGUCAAUUAAUGAUUGUAAUGUUAAUCCACAUAAGAAUAAUAUUAAAAGACUAAAAAUUUGAAUCAAACUAG